UCGAUUGGACAAAUGAAAAACGUCACUGUUAGCUGAAGGCGGAAGUUGUUGGCUAAUGUGGACAUGGAAAAAUGAACCUGGAAAAUUUCUAUCUUUGUGUUAUGAUAAAGGUUUUCUCACGUUCGCUCGCGUAAUUAUACAGGGCUCACUGUGGUGUAGACAUGGAGGUGCCUUGCUACCUGCCCAAACUGCUGUUUGAGCUCAAUGAGCAGCGUAAGCGGGACUUCUUCUGUGACUGCAGCAUCCUUGUCGAAGGUCGUGUCUUCAAGGCCCACCGUAAUGUGUUGUUUGCUGGGAGCGGCUAUUUCCGGGCUCUGCUGGUUCACUACCUGCAGGAUAGUGGACAGCGCUACAGCACAGCUUCGUUGGACAUUGUGACGGCCGAUGCUUUCUCCAUUAUCCUGGACUUCCUUUACUCUGGCCGCUUGGCCCUGAACAGAAGCAAUGUCAUUGAGGUGAUGUCAGCGGCCAGCUACCUGCAGAUGACUGACUUGGUAAACUUCUGUAAGGGAUACAUCCGUUCAUCUUUGGAAAUAUGCAACAAGGAGAAGGAGAGGGUCACAGAGAAGGAGAGCCAGGCACAGGAGGGCGGGAUGGUUCCUGCAGACAGUGACAGUCGUACUGCGACAAUCUCCAGUGGUGCAGGGGCUGCGGAGCCUCACUCACAGGUAGCGGAGGCAGAUAGAGGCUCGGGGUUAGGUCCGGAGUCUGUGAGCUCGGCCAGAACCCCUUUGUCUCUCCCUGUCACCACAACUCCAGGCACCAGCAGGGACAUGGACAGUGACUACCAUUCCAGGGAGGGAUUUGCAUCUGGGAGUGAAGGACCGAAGGGACACAUGGAUCAGACAAACCUCUCAUCCUCUUCCUCGUCUGCUUUGACCCCGGAGUUAGUGAACCCCAAAAUAGAGUAUGACCCUGAUGAGGAGCUCAUGGAGUCCCCUGACACCAAACACCUGGCCUCAUAUCCUGGGCCCUCUCUCCAUAACCCUCAUCAUAGCAGGCUACUUCCCCCAAGUCCCUCUCCCUCCAAUGAGCGCUCCCCCUUGGGAUACAGCCCUUCCUUUAAUGCCAGGCAGCUGAUGGAGAUGCUAGCCAGAGGCGAAGGCCCCAGUCCUCUGGGGGAUAGAGUGGGGCAGCGCUUUACCCAAGGACUAGGUAACAACACAGGAGGAGGCAGAAUGGAUGAAGGUUUAGGGUUUGUGGGAUCAUCGAUCAUGGAGAUCCAGUCUGAUUGGCUUGGGGAGGACACAGGUGAUGGAUUGGUAGUGCCGGUGAAACUCCACAAGUGCCCAUUCUGCCCAUACACUGCCAAGCAGAAGGGAAUCAUGAAGAGACACAUUCGUUGCCACACAGGAGAGAGGCCCUUCCCCUGUCCCAUGUGUGGCAAGAGGUUCACAAGACAGGAGCACCUUCGCAGUCAUGCCCUCAGUGUCCAUAGGCACUACUGGCCAGUAUCAUGUAAGAGCUGCAGGCGAACCUUCACUGGAUCCAGUGUUUCACCAGGACUCAGGCGCUUCGGCAUCUGCGACAGCUGCAACUGCGUGACCACCACUCACGAUGAUUCCGCCCCUGUUCACCCCACCAGCCAACCAGAGCCCAUGGAACGUGCAGACGGGGGUACGGAUUGGUCCAGUUUUAUGGACGAUGUAGAUGAGGUGGAGGUUGGCAGAGUGGAGGACUUGGUAGAGAAACAGAUGCUUGAAAGGCAGCUGGCUGUAUGUACAGAUGUAAAUCUGUAGCCUACUGUACAUGGAGAAGAAAACCCUACCGUGAACUGUUUCACUGUUCAGUUAACCGUGGCCAUACUGUUAUUGAUGUUAAAUUAUUACUGUAAGACCUUAUUUAUUGACUCAUUUGUUACGAGAAAACGUGUACUUUUGACUGUUGGAGAUAUUUGGCUCCAGUGAUUUGACUGGCAGCAAAAGUAAAAAAAUUUACAGAUAAAAUGAGCUUUGUGGUUAUAAUGGAGCCAUUGUAUGUAUUGUUGCAAUAAAUGUGUUUUGUAACUGUG